AAAAUUUUAUGUGAAUGUUAUGCCUCAAUACCGCGAACAAAAUAAUUGCCGUCUGAGGCGGUACCUUGUUUUCCACCCGGACCAUUUACACCGGAGCACCGGUGUGUCACCCGCAAACGGGCGCGGGAAGCUUCGAGCGUGAACGGAACUCUACCAUGUUUCCGCGAUGACUGACAUCCUCACGUUGGUGUUCAGGGCCUUUUCGCCACAGACAGGCCAGAAGAAGGACCCCAGGGCCGGUGCUCCGUCGCCGGCUCCCCUCAGCAGCAGCAGCACCGCCUUGCUAGUGGGGGAGCACCGCCUCAGCCGCUCCGUGCUGCUGCUGGCGGCCGUCACCGCAGCCUCCGAGCUCGGCGUCAGGGUGGCGUUCUUCGCCCAAAGCCAGAUUCAGAGCCUGCCGGUGUGUCUGCAGAGAGGCAGCGCGAGCCUGAGCCCAGAGGGUCUGAAGAAAAUCACCUUUUCCUACCCCCGGACCCUGGAGCAGCUACUCCAUCAGGUCGCCAGCCUUCACGAGUCCCCCUCCCCUCCCUCGCUCAUCAUCGUCGACAGACUGGACGGCUUCCUGCGGGAGCCCGUCGCCGGCAGCCACGCCGGGUUUCACUCGGGACCGGAGUCUAGCGCUGCUCAUCUGUCCGCGCUGCUGUGCGACACCGCCGCCUUCCUCAGCCGAGCCCUGGAGCAGAGGGGGUCCAGCUCGGCCCCCUGCCGCGUAAUCGCCUCCUUCCUCUCGGAUGUGGACAGCGGGCAGGAAGGCAGGGAUCCCUCCGCCACGGAUCCAAUCCUGGAUGUUCUGGACCGCUAUUUCCAAGCUCGCUGCACCCUGGACCAGGACCGCAGCUAUGAGGCCGUAGCGGCUGCAGCGCAGGAGGUGUGGCACAUAUACGUCUCUGGAACAAAGGACUGUGAGGAGGGGCCAGCUUUAGCACAGGAGUGGAAACUUUUCUCUUUUCCUGAUGGUUUAAUGGAGUUUAUAUUGGUUUGAAAGGCUUUGUUGCCCAAUGUUAUGUUAAAACGUUUUAUUUUUAUUUAAACUCACCACACCUUACCUUAAAGAUCGGUUAAGCACACAUCUGUAAUAUUGAGUGGAUGGAAUUCUGUACACUGUAAUUUACUGGCCAGUAAUUUCCAAAGUUUUUGCCUCCAGACCUGGAAUAUGGAAUACAUCCUCAGCUAUGGAAAGGUAAAGUCUCGAUAAUAAAGCUGUAUUUAUAACCGA